GUCGACGCCAUCGCCGUCGUCAUACACUGUCGUCGACGUCGGGCGUCAUCCCGAUCAUCGCAAUCGCCGAGCGGUGCUGUGCUGGCCGCGCGUCUGCCAAACGGUCGCGUUUGCGUUAACGGUGAUCGGUAUAGGUACGUACCGCGUGAGCUUGAACGAUAUAUACGUACUAUACUGACGAGAUCGCCGUCGUAACGUUGCGUUGCGUCGUGGUUCGCAUCACGGUGGAGUUGCUCACCCGGAUGGAAAAGUGAUACAGAUGCCUGCAGUCGUCGGAGAUUAAAUCGGGGAGACCGAUCGCGCGGCCGAUGUUCGAUUAAAUCGAAAGUUUCGAGGCGAGAAUCGGUAUAAGCACCGCGAGAAAGGGGUAUUUCGGAUCCGCGCGCGCCCGGACGAGCUCGUGCUGUGGUGUCGCGUGAGCGCGACGUAUCGGCGCCGUCAUCGCCGUUCGAGGCGACGUAUAGCACGUCGCGGACAUUCGGUUUUCGGGUUCAACAUGAUGUUAUUGAAACGCAAGUCUCGCGUGAGAGAGAGGGAGAGAGAGACCGAUCGGAAAUAGACGGCGUAAGCUGUGCUCGCUAGCGGCGCGAAGGGACGUGUAUAUGCGAGCUCGCGUUAUACGAGGGAUCGUGGAGCAGCGCAACGGGCAGAUACGCGCUCCGUCGCCAUCGACAGUGCUGGAGAACGAAGCCCCCGUUCCCGUUCGGAAAUUUCUGUAUUUUGGACCGCGCUCCGAUCGGCGACUCCGGUGCUCCGUUUUUCCGCCUAUCCGGACCCCUCGAGCGACACUUGCUCCGCACGUGGGAGCAAAGAUACCAACUUGAAUCUUUUGCGGAAAGGAGAAAUCGAACAUGAGAACGAUCCAUCGAAAGUAAAUCGGGGAAAACGGGGGAAAGAGAGAGAGAGAGAGAGAGCGAGAGCGCGCGCCCUCGAGGCUACGGCCGCUACGGGUUCGGAAGAGGGCGGUUCGCAUCUCGCUUGGAUCCCCGCUCGCUCGGCUCGGCUCGGCUCGGCCCCCAUAUGACGCCCCACUUAGGCCGCUAGGGCAGCGCAUCCGCCACUGGCCGGUGGCGGUGACGAAAAGGGGCUGAUGUCAGUGCGGCCACGCUCAGAUCAGCAGAAGCAGCAGCAGCAGCAGCAGCAGCAGCGGCGGCGGCAGAAGUGGCAGCUGAAGUGGCAGAGGCGGCUCGUCGGAUGCGCGUACGCGACGUCGUCGCACGCAUCGUAUCGCGAACGAGGCGACCGCGAGCAGCAGCGAGAUUCCCGGCGACGAGGAGUACGAGGUGGGCAGCGUCAGUGGCAGCAGCGACGACGGCGGUGAUGUUCGGUGGCGGUCGCGAGAUUGGAAUGGUGGCGAUCGGUGCAGCAGCGGCAGCAGCAGCAGCAGCAGCAGCAGCAGGCGGAUUGGUGGCGAUCUACGACGACGACGACGACGCAUCUGGCGCGCGGGAUCGUGGCUGCCGGCGCGUCGAUCGUUCCGUGGCGCAGCUCGUGGAAUAAUGCGUGUUAGGCGCGACAACAACGACGACGACGACGUUACGACGAGGACGCGCCGUACGGGACGACGACGGUACGACCACGACGACGACGACGACAGUGCGAGUGGGCCAGCGUGCGGCCAGCAACGACUCCUACCAUCACCACAGCAACGCAAUAAUGUACGCAUACGGCUUCGAGAUUACGUAGUGUCGGGCGUUUAACUAUGUUGUCAUCCACACGCGGCGCGCCCUGCGUACAUUCACGGCGUGAAAAUCUGGCGUGAACGGUACCGCGGUGGAACGGGGAAUAUGGCGUCGGUCUCGACCGAGACUCCAGUUAGCCAUGGGCAUACUUUUAGCAAGAAGACAUUCCACAAGCCGACGUACUGCCAUAGCUGUACGGACAUGCUCUGGGGCCUCAUACAGCAGGGGUACAUCUGCGAAGUUUGUAACUUCGUGGUGCACGACCGCUGUCUCAAGGCCGUCGUCUCUCCCUGCUCCAGCAUCGCGGCAAGCCUGAUUAAGAACCCGGUCGCACACUGUUGGUCCGAACAGAUGCAUUGCAAGAGAAAAUUUUGCAACGUCUGUCGGAAACGUUUGGACGACAACCUAUCCAUUCAUUGCGAAAUUUGCGAGUGCUUUGUGCAUGUCGAAUGCCAAGACUUCGCGGUGGCAGACUGCAAAGAGAAUGCCACAUACUUACCUGGGAAGGAAUUGUCAGCAGUGAAGCACACUCAUCACUGGCGGGAGGGCAAUCUUCCCAGCAGCUCGAAAUGUGCUGCAUGCAAGAAGAGCUGUUUUACUGCCGAGUGCCUUGCCGGGUUUCGUUGCGAGUGGUGCGGCAUGACGUUGCACGCCUCUUGUUACAAGAAUAUCCCCCAAGAAUGCUCCUUUGGUAACUUGGAACCAAUAUACCUGCCGCCACAUGCAGUUAGUAUUCCGCGUACCGAAGUUCCCAUGGAAGCCAUCAUUGGGGUAGAAGUGCGUCGUAAAGAAGUGCUGGCGCGUGAGUAUUCUUGCCAUAACAUCGGAGAGCAAUUCGAUUUCGCUGAGAGUGAACAAAAUGGGGCUGCAGGCCGCCUAGCCGAAGCUUUGAGGCGCCUUUCGCUAGUUUUGCCACGUAGCUGCCAUGGAAAUUGUCAUGCUUCCCCUCCUUAUGUUCGAGCGCGGAGCAUAUCAGAAGAGUUUGGUAGCGAGACAUCAAGGUAUCGUGACAAUGGAGAACCGGCUGUACAGGGUGCAGCGCAUAGUCGUGAUCCGCGUUCGAAAGAUAAAGAAGAUAAAGAAAGAGGUGACGAAGAGAUGAUUAAGGUGUACGAUGGCAACAAUUCGUUGAGGCGAAGAAUAUUUCGGGUAAUUACGGUACCUAGGCAGGCUACGACAGAGCAGGUUCUCACAUCGGCACUGCGCGCAUUUCACAUCACAAAAGAUCCUAGCAACUUUUACUUAACUGACCUGUAUGCCGCGGAGGAAACUGAGUUAUGUGAUCCAACGCCUGUUUUAAAUUUAAAUCGCAAAGAAGGCAAACGUCCGGCUGUGUUCUUACGAUUUAAAGAUAUUGACAGCGGAGAGGUACGGGUUUAUCCCGGCAAAUUGCAGGUAUCAGAGUCAUUCUGUAUAGUACCUGUCACCGAAGCAACAACCGUCGUAGACUUAAUAAACGAGGCACUGGAAAAGUUUGGUUUACAAAAUUUUAAUUGUGAUGACUUUAGGUGCAGCGAAAUUCUUUUAGAUCGUGGCGUAACGGAAAGAGUUUUGUCCUGUGAUGAAAGACCUUGGGAUACCGUUAAAAGGCUGGGAAAAGAUUCUAUUAGACAAAUGGAACUGAUGCGGUUCUAUCUACAAUUAAAGCAAGAUCCCCAUGGACCUAAUUUGGCUUUAUUCGUAGGCAACCUGCCGCCAAAUCUUUCUGAAAGAAGUUAUGAAAACAUGUUAACAGAAUUUUUAGGAAAAGAAAAUAGGUUCUCAUCAGUCGGCCCAAUUUAUUACGAAUAUGGUUCGAUGGUUAUCAUAUACGAAGAUUUGGAUACAGCGGUUAGAGCAUUAUAUACGUUGCGAGAAACAAAAUACGAAGACAAACAUCUUUUAGUAAUGAUUUUGCCGAGUAUCGAGCCAAGUAUGAUACCACCGGGCGUUCAACCGCUGCUCGUGUUUGUAAAUGUCAAAUCCGGUGGUUGUCAAGGACUCCAGCUAAUUUCUAGUUUUCGUAAACUAUUAAAUCCUUAUCAAGUGUUCGAUCUUGAUAAUGGCGGACCUCUUCCCGGACUUUACGUUUUUCGUCACAUAAAGGACUACAAGAUAUUAGUUUGUGGUGGUGAUGGAACAAUAGGUUGGGUAUUGCAAUGUUUAGAUAAUGUGGGUCAGGAUAGUCAAUGUUCUUCUCCCGCCUGCGCUAUUGUACCUUUGGGAACGGGAAACGAUCUUGCUCGUGUACUAUGCUGGGGUUCAGGCUACACGGGUGACGAAGAUCCGCUGAACUUAUUGCGAGACGUUAUCGACGCGGAAGAAAUAAUAUUGGACCGAUGGACCGUAGUUUUUCAUCCGGAAGAGAAGGAACAACCUCAAGUAGUCUGUAACGCAGCAAGUAAGAGAGCUUCGCAGCAGGUAGCAUCACGCCAUUUGCAUUGUACAGGUGCUGGUACAACUAGCGAAGACAAUACGCAAAUAUAUGUAAUGAAUAAUUAUUUUGGCAUUGGCGUCGAUGCGGAUCUGUGUCUGGACUUUCACAACGCGAGAGAGGAAAAUCCUAACAAGUUCAGAAGCAGAUUACGAAAUAAGGGCGUGUACGUAAGGAUGGGCUUGCGUAAAAUGGUCAGACGAAAACCGUGCAAAGAUUUACAUAAAGAAAUUCGGUUAGAAGUAGACGGCAAAUUGGUCGAGUUACCACAAGUGGAAGGAAUUAUAAUUCUUAACAUUUUAAGUUGGGGUUCUGGUGCUAAUCCUUGGGGACCAGAUACCAAAGAAGAUCAAUUUUAUACACCGAAUCAUUGGGAUGGCAUGCUAGAGGUUGUUGGAGUCACAGGCGUUAUGCAUCUCGGACAAAUACAGUCGGGUUUACGUACGGCUAUGAGGAUAGCGCAGGGCGGGCACAUAAAAAUUCACUUAAACUCAGACAUACCUGUACAAGUAGACGGUGAACCGUGGGUUCAGAGUCCCGGAGACAUCGUGGUUUUGAAGUCAGCGCUCAAGGCUACGAUGCUGAAGAAGACUAAGGGUAAAAUGAAGCGGCGUAACACGGAAUCCAGCAUGCAGUUGGCGCUUCAGGCCGCACCGUCGAGCGAUCCGGACGAAGACAUCUUCUGAGUGAACAAACAUUGUGUGAAAGUGAUCGAACACGUUGCGGUAACGCAGGGCACGUAGCCGAACACGUAGAGAGAACUCGAUCGACUAGCGUAACAAAACCAAAACAAAGGAAAAAAAAAUCGGCCUCGAAAUCGUCCGACGGCGUUCGCGCUGUACGAACUUAAACAUAAGUACUUACUUACAACGCGAAAAAAAAAAAAAAAAAAACACACUCGUGAAAAGCAAGAGGGGACGGGUAGAUAAGGUUUUCAGAUACACGGAUACACACAUAUAUACAGCAUAAAAUCCAUUAUCGACUCAAUGAUUCUUAAUGUUUGUUCUUACAUUUAAUAGAAAAUGAAACUAGAUCUCAUUUUUAAAUGUUAAAUAAUUCUAGCACCGUACGUAGCUCUUAUCGAUCAAUAUUUUUUUAGUAAAAUUAUAAUAGAUUUUAACACACAGUGACACACGUUACCACACACAUACACACGUACAACACAUAUUAACCAGUAUCGAAGGAAGUUAAAAACGCGCUUACGCGUGCUUACGACGACGUUGAUUUCCAUUUACGUUCCAAAGCUUUGGUAGUCGAGGGAGAAAGGAAGGAGGUCGUAAUGUAUAUUACGUUUCGUAUGGUAUUCUACCGAUUCUACUGCAGUAUUACGAUACGAAACGUGUAUCGCACGAUAUAAAAAAAAAACCGCAAACCGGUCAGUUGUUAAUAAUAUAUUAUAUAUAUAUAGAGAAUAUUUAUGAUUAAAUAUUAAUAUAUUUACAUAAUAUUGUAUUAGUAUUACGAUAUUAAGUUGUGAUAAUUGUUAUGUAUGUCUGACUGCUGGGCAGUCUGGAAUUCGCUGAGAACCAGUGGCAGUCAGUUUUUUUCUAGGAUACGGUUAAGGAAGGAGAUUUAAAAAAAAAAAGAAGUUUAAUGUAAUUUUCAUAACGAUAAGACCGCAUUGCGGGCUAAGCGCUUUGCCGAUCCGUCUCCGCGGCGAGGAAGAAUGUAGCGGAUUAAAAAAAAAAAUCGCGAUACGUAACACACACGCGCACGCACACACGUACACACAUAUGUACACGCAUAUACAUUAUACGUACACAUUACGAUGUCAGAGAGUCGGAUUGGCAAUGUACUGAUCACCUUAAGCGGCGUCUACAAUAAGAUCUCAAGGCACAAAACUUGAGCUUUAAGCCUUAAGUCGUAGGAAAAUUGACCAAUCAUAGUCAAUUAUUGUUCUCACAUUUCACUGUGAUUGGUUAAUUCCUUGAGGCUUAAGCUUAAGUUUUAUGCCUUAAAAUCUCAUUUGUAGACACCGCUUUACCGAUGAAUCUGACAGGCUCCUGUAACGACGGAAGCGCGACGGUGCCAUCGGCGACACACAUUCCAUUCUGUAAAACACGAAGGGGCGAGGGGUCGACGCGAGAAGAGAUAUGUAUAUUUAUAAAUUAUGCCAAAAGAGAGAGAGAGAGAGAGGAGAGGGGAGAGACGCAGGGGCUUGUUUGUAACACGCUGACGUACUUAAAGGAUCGUUGGCACGCGUCGUUUCGUAACUGGAGCGUUUCGUUAACGGGCGACGACCGGGGGACAGGAAUCGCGCGAAUCGGAGGCAAUACUGUUUCACGAGCUUCCAAGGCUUUCUCGAUCCUUGGUGCACCGACACACACGAAUCAUCGAGUGCUAUCAUUGAUCACCGAGCGAUUCGCCUCGACGCGAGGCGAACGAGCAAAAGAAAGAAAAAAAAAAAAA